AUGAGCUGUCUGGAAAAGCGGCACAUGAGCCAUAGAGGGGGGAGUAUGCUCCACCAUCGCUUCCCUAAUGGCUUUAGUGACUUGUUCAUGGACGAUACUGAUCGUGAGGUCAGCACCCUCACUGAUCGAGCCUUCAGAAGUCUCUGCAUCGGGGAUGAUGCAGUUUACAACGACGAGUUUUUGUACGGAUACUCGCCUUUCAGCUGCCACAAACCUUUAGUGGGGGAGCCGGUUAAAAAGACUCAUCACAAGGAAUCUAAGAAACAGGGACAAAGCAAAAGUGAAAAGAAUUACAACCAGCCAUGGAAACAACAGCAGAAGGGUAUGUCCAAUAUGUCGUCUUUCCUCAAAGCAUUCAGUGCUACAGAGGAAAGCUGUGAAGGGAUGCUCAUCAAAAAUGGAUGUCUGACGGACUUAAAGGGGGAAUCUUGGGAUAAGUCGGCACUUCGCAGCAUCCAAAGGGAGCUGUCUGAGUUCUCCUCAGAUUACCCUACAAAUCUGACGGAUGGACAUUACAAAAAAUGUCAUCGGCAUCACUCUGGCAGUGGCCCAUCAAACAAAACAGGCAAAGAGUUUGCCCCACCUUCAGGAAAAUCUACGAAAAUUAAAAAUGGGAAAUCUACUGUCAAACUACGAAAACUUAAUAUCAAAAACUUUUUCCUCCACAGUGAGUUUAGCCCUUUUCAAGCAUGGAGAGAUUUUAACCGCUUCCCCUUUGGCCAAGAGGAUACAGUACUCCCCACAGAUUGUAUCCCUAAAUGGUACGACCUGCCUUUUUACAAGGAGCUGACAGAGGCCCACAGGCAAGAGACUCAGCACACAGAGGAGGUGCCACCAAAAAGCCAGAAAGCACUGCAGCCCCCUCCUUCGAUUGCUCCUAAACCCACCCACCCCCCUCCUCCGCCGAAGGUCCUGCCAAAGCCUUCAGCUGCUCAGGCUGAGAAGAGGUGUUCAUCAGAUGUAGGGGAGGGAAGUUCUGCCCCCUGGAGGCGCAACAAUUCCAGGGCUAAAAGUGUGAUCCCACUGAAUCAGUCUGGGAUACCAGCUCAGGAAAGUAUUUCAAAAACAGCAGAUGAAAGUAUGUUUCUGGUCAAAAAGGAAACUCGCUCUGUGGAAGUCAAAGCAGUGGAGGAGGUCAGCUCUUUGGCAUCAACUCCAUUUAGCAUUUGUCAGCUGAUGACCCCCCUCAUCCCCUCCAGACAACCCACAGAGACAUCAGAGAUCCUCCAAGCUGUUCUGUCACCCUCUGCUCUCGACUUGCCUCUACGACCACACUCUGAGGCCAAACUGACCCCUGAACCCCCAGUCAAGCGGGAAAGCUACAAAUCUCUGGCCUCAAGCAUCCUCUUUAAUCUCAAAGACAACAGGAAAAGGGUAAAAAGCCGAUACAGCCCACCUAAGUUUAAAACACUGGAAGUGCCUGAGGGUGGUUCUCAAUCUCCACAGUCAGAUAACUUAAAAUGUUCACAGGCUGGCUCUGAGGGCAAUGCAUCCGGUUUGAGCACUCCUGCCAUCAUAAAAGAAGAGGCGACGGUGUGCAGCCCCGUUUUGGAAUCAAACAGCAUCCCAACCAUUGACCCCAAUAAGCCUGAUUCUGAGACACCUCUUUCUGAUGAUUAUUUAUUAUCUCAUCUAUUACAGAGCAAAAAGGAGGCAGCGGCUCACAGCAGUCUCAGUGAAGACAAUCCAAUAUCUCCCCUUAUACACUCCAAAAAGACCAAGAGUCCCAGGGCUAAAAAGCUAAACUACCCUUCACUGAAUCUGUACAAGAAAGCCAGCCUUGCUGACAGUGAUAUGAAGUAUCUCCAAGUCCCUCCAAACAGCGAUGCUUCUACACACACAGACCAACCAAAUGAACUUUCACCACCAGCAUGUAACAAAGAUCCUUCCCCAAAAGCAUGGCCAGCAAACACAUUUGGUCUGUCCCCAAAUACUUUAAACGUCAACAAAGAUUGUUCACCCCUGAUUUCACCCUGUGUACCUGAGAAAGAGGGCCUGUCAUCAAAUGUGUCAGUUUGUAAAAUUUUAUCAAAUGUGCCAUGUAAAGCAAAACAACCCACAAAAGACCUCAAAGACACAGAACUGGGCCUGCAGCCUGUCAUUUCCAAAGAAAGGGAUUCGAAUCUCCAACACUUAAACACAAUGGAAGUGAUCAGAGCAGCAAGGGAAGCAAUUAGUGCAGCCAAAAACAAAGCCCGAAUGGCAGCUCAGUCAGAUAACAUCAAUAAAACCAUUUUACAGAAAGAGGAACUGAAGGAGAGAGAGAUAGACAAGAGGGUUGACAUUUCAAAAAAGAUGUGUAACGGUAAAAGUUUAUUAUCAGAGAAUGACAACACUUCAUCUCAGAGUAGAAAUGAAGCAAUGGUUUGCCAAAAAGCAAAUAUCAAGAAAGAAGCCCCACCAGUCCCAAAAAGAAACUUUACUAAAUCUGAUAUCCAGCUGUCUUUAGACAAACAGCAAACCAAUAAUGUCGACAACCUCACUAAUGGUGACUCAGGAAAUACAAAUGUAGAACUAGAGAUGAAAGAACAUGAAUCUGCUCAGAAACAAGCCAGACUUAAGCAUAUCUUCUCAGCCAGGCAGAACAAUUAUAUCAAAUAUCAAAGACAUGCAGAGAUGGACGAAGAACAAGAAGAGUUAGAGGAUGGUGAUCUGAAAGUCAAACUAAGAUUAGAAGCUGAUGAGGAGGUGAUACCGCUGGAAGAAAUGAGAGAUAGUGAGCAUAUUAUCAAUGAUUUACAUGCUUUGAAAGAGCUAGAGAGGGCUCGACUCAGCGAUCGUAUUCAUGAUAACUCUAAGAAUAAACUAGAUGUUACGAACAUUGAGGAGGAAGCUAGAGCUAAGAAUGAUUUGAUCUCAAGGGAACUUAGGAACAUUAAGAAGGGUAUGCUAUCUAUGAGGGGGAACACAUCAGCGAAGAGGGAACUCUUUACAAAGAAAGAAGUGGAGCAAAGCAGACCUGAGGCUUUCACCAAGAUAGACAGCAAUGUCAUUGUGAAUAAAGCACUCAUAAAUGACAACUAUGACAAAGCCAAGGUGGCACUUGAAGAGAUCAUCUCAGAGAGACAGAAAAGAAAUAACGUCACAGAGCAGGACGCAAAUCCAGUCCUGAAUGAGAGCGCAGAUGAUGAAAGUUAUGUCAAAAAGGUACAGCAAGGUAAAAAAGCUAUGAAAGAUGUUGCCAUGGAGGCUGCAGAAAAACAGACUGGCUUCAGUAAUUCUCCAAAGACAGAUUUAAAGGAAAGGCUCAGUGAUCUUAGAGAUAACAGUCACAUCAGACAAAUCCUUUCACAAACUGAGCCCAGGAGUGCAGAGACUUAUAAAACAGCUCUUAAAAAAUCUCCCCUCAAAAAUUCUGCCCAUCAUGUUGGCACAAGCUAUGAAUCAGAAGAGGGGCAUUUGAGAGAUUUAGACAGACGUCUGUCUGAGGACGGCAUAGAAAAUAUGAUGAACCAAAAUGGAGGCAGAAGUGAUGCUCCUCCUGUCCCUCCUCGAAACAAGAAGGGAGAGAAUAGAGGAGAUGGAAGUCUCACUGAGGAAACAAAUAAUCAGACUGAUUUGGGUGAAAAGGAUAUAUUUAAAGCUGAAGGGAAAUAUGAAAAUGAUGUUGUACACUUAAAAGAAAUGAGCCUAGGCUCAGGCAAACAAAAUAUAGCUAGUGACCCAUUCAUGACAGAAGCAGUGCCCUGUCAGAGUGAAACCUACUCAGAUCAAAAACCAAGCCAUGUGCUGCAAAAUGCAUCUUCUCAUUUGAUCAUUGAUGCAGUAUGUGAUACAGCCAUUCCUGCAAAGAAUCAACAGACUGGAUACACACUAGGUUUAUCAGGGAAUGAAGAAAAGGAAAGGGACUUGUUAACUGACUGGAGCUCAACAAAGGAAUCCACAGCUGAGAGCAGCAGUGACAGGACAAAGGAAUUAUACAAGAUAAAGCGUAAAGCUCCUUUAAAACCAGACAAUGUCAACGUAUCGGGCAACGUAUCAGGCAUCCAUUUAAUGGAAGGAGAAAUUGACAAAACACAAAGAACUGAGGAGUUCAAUGCUGAGUCAGAGGUCCUGAAUGAAACCCCUGGCAAAAUAAUAUCCCCCCUGCUUCUGGUCAAUGGUAUGAGCAUCAAUCAAAGUCCACCUGAUCAUGCCAGCUUAUCUUCCAAAUCUUCAUACUUCUCUGUUGAGAGCGCUCUACACAGAAAUUUUGAGACUGAGUCCAAUGUGUACCACUCCCUUGAGAACUUGAUUGGAGAGGUUGAAGAGGUGGAUGAGUUGAUGCUGAAUAUUUUACAAAACAAAAAACAGGAUUCUGACAAGAUUGAAGCUGAGUACUACUCUUUGAGUGAUCAUGACAGCGAGUUGGAGCGUGUGAAGCAACCAAUAAUGUCUCCUGAAGAAGAGGCACAGGUACCAAAUAAGUUCAGCAAAGAGGGAGAUGAUACCUCAACAGAUCACUGCUCAGCUCAAGAUGAACAAAACCAGACACCAAUGUCACCCUCCAACACUUUCUCACCAACUUUAGGGAUCCCUGCCUUAUUCAAGGUCAAAGACAACACUUUUAGUAAUAAGGUGAAGAAGAGUGUUCAACCCUGGCCACGAAGAGGGAGUCAGAGUGUUUCAGUGAAGGUAGAGGAGGAGUUACACCCAGUAAAGGAGAAUCCAAAGCUCCUUCUAACUGAUGAACCAGCCAACAAAGAAAUCAUGCCAGGACAAGAUGAAACUUUCAAAGCUAAAAUAAUUACAACCUCCCCUCACCCACUGCUGUUGCCUUCAAAUCUGCAAACAGAAAACCCAAAGAAACCACAAGACGCAGGGUUUCUUACUGUACCACAGGAGGACGACAGGUUCUCUGGAGUAAGUCCAUCCUCAGAGGGUGUGGAAAGCAUUACAACCAGCACAAUAGACACAGCCGAUGAGAUGGGGGUGAAUGAUGAGCUGCUGGUGGAGCAUGAGGUGUUAAAGGUCCCCAGUGAACGAUCUGGGUCCACUUGCAGUGGUAAUGAAAGCCAAACAGGGCUACCAAAACCACCAGCUGUCUUACCCAAAUCUGAGAAGGCUGUUCUCAGAGCCAUGAAGCUUGCAACUAGAAGGAUGAAAAAGGAGGAGGCUCAGAAGUCUUCCCACAAGUCCUCCAGCAGCAAACAUAGACCAGAGCGGCACAAGAGUGACAAAUCUGAGCACAAAAACAGCAGAAACAGCAAAAGCAGUGAGAGAAAACACAGAGACAAGACAUACGUUGGUCAUAACCAGAGUGAAACACACAACAGCAUAGACAGCAAUGAUGGUGGUGAGCAGCCCUCUGAUGUAAGAAGAGGCUACAGCAGUGAAAACCAGCAGCUUGACAAAAAAGACAUGAUCCAGGAGACUCAGGGACAGAGCCAGGACAUGAUUGAAGCCCUGCCUAGAGCUGCAACACAGAGGCAGGGCCGCAGCAACAGCCGACAUAUCCGAGAGAAACCCCAGCAGAGACACUACAGUAGUGACAGAGUCAUCAGUAAUGUACCUGUGUACAAAGCUCACGUUGGUGAUAGACCCACACCUGUGAGGCCUUUCCAGAGAUCUCAGAGCAGUGACAGGUACAUAGGAGAUAAGCUGGAACGAAGGCUGAGUGCUGACACGACCAUCCAUGAGAGGCCUGAUCUGAGGACCCAGCGUAUUGAGAAAUCCAUCAUGGAUGAGCUUCAGCAGAGAGGCCGGGCCAGAGACAAGACAGGCAGAGACAACCCUCUGAGAAGGAGUCACAGUAUUGAUGCUUACAGCGCCGAUGUCCCUCAUCCUUCAACCCUGUCCCGUCAGUCCAGCCACACCAGCCACAGCAGCCAGCUUUCACGCCAGUCGAGCAUUGAGCAUGCCAUUGUGACACAGUCCUUCCCCAUGACCCAACGCAAGCUCCUCCAGGAUCCAGAUUCUGGACAGUACUUCUUUGUUGACAUGCCUGUACAAGUCAAGACUAAAACUUUCUUUGACCCUGAAACAGGAAGUUAUGUGCAGCUGCCAGUCCAGCCACCCGAGGCUGCUGUUCCUCAGCCCUCUCCUUUAGAGGUGCUGACCCCACCGCUGGUUGUUUAUCAUGGAUUUGUCCCCGUGCCUUUGUCACCCAUGGCUCAAAAAGCUUCAAUCCAAGCCCAUCACAUGGCAGCAGAGGAGUUUGAUCAGAGACACUUGGAAAGGUCGAGGCAGAUGCACUGCACUGACAGACACCAGUAUUUAGAGCCUGUCUACGGUCAACACGAGCACAUGUUAGGGGAGUUUAUAGGCACUGAAGAGCUGGACUGUCCCAGCUGA